UAUGCUCCGGCCGCCCUUUACCCCCCAGGAGAUUCCUGGUACUCCUGCUACCUACCCUGAACCGGCUGAACCCUCAUCCUGUUUCUUUAAGAUGUUUUAUCAUACAUUCUCUCAUCUACACCUAGGUGCUACAAGAGAAUUCUUGCAUUUAUACAUAACCACUUUUCAUUUUCUCAGUUCUGUUGAUUUCUAAAAAAUAUAUCAGAUUCAUGCUACAUGACCUUUAAUGUUGUUACAGUAUUGUUAAAUAAGCUACUGAUCAGUGAAAAUGAGUCAGCAUAGCUCAGGUGAUAUAGUGAUCAGUCUAUGAGCUCAACAGCCAGAGAAAUGAUGUUUGAUAUAUGGCAGGGACAGCGAUGUUUGCCUUCAUCUGGGCUUGACUGCAGCCCGCACUGCUUCCUGUGCAGCCUGUACCAGUGGUAAGGAGGCAAGGGCAUAUAGUGCUGAGGUUAAGAAUGCGUGCAGCUGUGCUUCCACUCCCCAAUACAUCUUUAUGUCAUAGGCCUUAAUUAAACAAGAAGGUUAGUGUAAAGGUAAUGCUGCACUUUUAUUUGGGAGGUGUAUGGUUUGAAUCUUGGUUGGGAUACUGGCUGUCAUGACUGAUUUUUGUCCUUAUUCUUAGCCUCUCAGGUAGAUGCCAGGAUACUUUCUUGGGUUGUCCACGACCACUUUCUUCCAAAUCAGUUAUCAGGCGUCCUACCAUUCAGUGCUUUAUAAUGUACAUUACAAAUUCAAUUCAUGCCAGGGGAAACUUUAUAUGCUUACUGGUCAGUAAAGUGAAGUAGAUGCAAACACUCAGCCCAAUUAAGAAUGAUACCAGGAAAGUGGCUCUGUCCUGUUGACAUGCCAGUAGGAAGCUGUGGAACAUUAGCAAAUAUUGGGAGUGUGUACAAACAGUGGGGAGAUAACUGUGCUGCUGAUAGACUCUUUAUCACUCUCAUGCAUGCAGCUUGAGGACUGAACCUGGAACAGAGACUCAACUGAACAAUGUUCUCCAUCCAAGAGAUGAGCGAGGUGGACACACAGCCCACAGACCAUGUCACUAUCAGCCCAGUGCAGCACCAGGCCCGGCUGUUGGCAGCCCUGCAAGCACGGGACCUCAACAGCUUCUCACAGCUGCUUCAGCAAUCCGCAAUAGGUGCAGAUGGUGCCUGUCUCGAGUCAGCAUGCAGGAAUGCAGACUGCGCACCGUUUGUUAGGUUACUGUUGCAGCAUGGCGUAGACCCAAACACUGUGAACCCUGUACUUCAGAAAACUCCACUCCACAUCACAGCUGAACUGGGAUACUAUGAGGUACUCCAAGUCCUGCUUCACGAUGGCAGGAUCAGCCUGAAUUCUCUCACUGGGAGCAGACAGACAGCUCUGCACGUCACAGUGAACAAGUGUGGGGAGUCAUGUAAAGAAGACGUUGAGCGGUACAGAGGAUGUAUCGUUUUGCUUCUUGAUUGGCCCAAUAAUGUGACAGAAUGGACAACAGGGGUGACAGACCUCCAGUGUCCACUCGAUGUGAAUGCCAUGGAUUGGCUCGGCAAUACUGCUCUUCAUUAUGCUGCUCAGAACAAAGAUCAGGAAACUGUUCUGAUACUUUUAGAACAUGGCUCAUACAUUGGUUCAAGAAAUCUUGCAGGUGACAUGCCAAUCUCAGGCAUUGAACCAGAGACUCUAGAAAAAUUCUUGGAUACACGUUUGCAAAUGCCAAAUGAUGAGUCAUUGUUGUUUAAGUAUGAUUUCCUAGUUCCAGCAGCUGACCUUCAUUCUGUUUUGAUGAGCAGAAAUUUGUUAUUUGAUGAGAUGGAUGCGGGGAUGAUGACAUUAAGCAGUCCAAGUCCAGAAAUGGAUCCCCUAGUUCAUAUCAGCCUCUCAAACAAGCUACGUCACUUACUCCUUCAUCCUGUACUGUCAAGUUUCAUACAUCUGAAAUGGCAACAUGGAGGAAACCUCUACCACUACCAUCUUGCAUUUUAUGUCAUCUUUGUCUGGCUUCUGACCUUUAUCAUACUUCAGCAUUACAUAAUCUCCCAUCAUGAACACAGCUCAUCUUGCAGGUUGAAUUUCACAGCAGUCUGUUUCUUCAAGAUCAUUGCAAUAGGUUUGCUGGUUAUUUGUUGCUUCUGUCUGGUUCUUAAAAUCCUCUUUCAUUUAUUUAUGUCUCAAAUGCAAUAUCUUCUCAGGUGGGAUACAUAUCCACAUUUGGUUCUCACACUGUUGGCUCUUAUUGUCGUAUUCAGUGAUUGGGGUGUUGCGGAGAAUUCCCUGACAGCUGUCACAUUGUUCCUCGCAUGGACCCAGUUACUUCUUUUAACAGGAGAACAUCCAGAAAUAUCAAUAUAUUUUCACCUGUUCAAGAAAAUUUCCUAUAAAUUUUUUACAUUCAUAGCUUGGUAUUCUCUCCUGAUUAUAGCAUUCUCUCUGAGUUUUUAUGCUCUGUUUCAUGACAGUGAGACAUAUAUUCCAGAGAGGAACAUGACCAGUAAACUAUUCCAGAAUCCUCUCUCCUCUGUGUUUACAACUGUCGGCAUGUUUGUGGGGGGAUUUGAAACGAGCCUCCUUCCAUUCGAAUCAGCAACUGGAACAAGUCACAUUAUUUUCUUACUCUUUAUGUUUUUUCUGACCCUUGUUCUUCUCAGCAUAUUCAUUGGGCUGGCUGUUAGCAAGAUUCACAAGGUUCAAAGCAAAGCCGAGCUUGUACGUCUUAGAGCACAGGUGAACGCAAUGUCGGAUAUUGAGAAGGUGUUACUGGGGAAUCCUCUGUGCAUUCACCUGAGAAUGAGGCGGCUCUGCAUAAGCCACAAUGCUUUGAUUGCAUGGAUUGUUAAGUUAUCAGUGUAUAUGUGGCUCUUCUGCAACUGGUUGCGGUGUUUCAGGAACUUUCAUCGCAAUGUCAUACUUUUCCCUGAUUCCAGCUUUCACCAUGCAAAUAUUCUGUUCCCAUUGGGAAGUAGGUCAAAAGUGACUUGCAAAUAUGUGCUGGAUCACAAAGUUCUUCAGCAGGCAGCCAGCAUUGUGCAAGCGAGGGAUGUUGAGAUCCAAGAAUUGGGACGCCAGGCAAUGGUGAAUUCUUGUGAGGAACGCUUGAGCAAUAUUGAAGCAUCUCUGGCAAAGUGUGAGGUCCUUCAGCAAGAUGUCCUGCAGCUACUGAGGCUGUCACCAGUGUCUGAUUUGCGAUUGGAAUGAGAUGGGUAAGGACUCUUGUUCAUGACUUCAUUGAAGUGACAGGAGCAAAGUCUUCAAGUUGUGAUUUCAACUAACAAACAAUGUGAACAUUUGUUUCAAAACAGAGUGAAGAUAUUGGACAAAUUAACAUGCUUAUAAAGAUUACAUAUAACUUGGCCAGUGCUUAGCUGAUUUUCUUUUACGUCUGUUUUACUCGUGUCACCUGCGUAGGUUACCUUUUAAUACUGUUGUGUCUCUUGACUGUGGAAUGGAUAAACAGUAUCACUGAGACUAUAUGAAUGGCCAUAAUAGUGAAUUGUCUGUAUUCUGUAGUGACACAUAAAUAUAAUGGCUCUUAAAGAUUUGUACAAUGAUUACAGAUAUCUGGAUCACACAUGUAAAGUAAGUAUGUGAAACAGUGAUGUAAAAAGUAUGAAAAGAAAUAUACUGUCAUGUGCAUUAUGGGGUGUGACUUAUAGAUGGGGUUUGGAUUGGAUGACUGGAUUUAUUGCACUUAUACAGUCAACUUAUAACUUCAAGCAGUACAGCACUAUGGCUGAUCUACACACUUUGCAGUUCACUGUUACACACACAGUAGGAUUUUCAGUUUUCACUAGUCAUAUCCUUGCAAUGAAUUUCAACGCAAUAAUUAUACCAAUCUCACUGUCACUGCAGCACACGUGAAGUUGUCUUUGCACCACUGAAUUCUUAUCUUGCCAUCUCUUCUUAAUCCUCUUUGACUGCUGCCUGAAGAGACUCAAUUAUUAUUCCCUCAGCUGGUCUGGGAUCCUCGUUAUAUACCCUCAGGUGAGAUCCAGCAGAAAACACCCUUUCCAUUGUUAUAGCUCAACAAUACCUCGAUUAUUCAUUACCAUGGGAAUAUGUUUACCGAGUCAUUGCCUAUCAAUGAAUGUCUACUCUGGCUCCGCUAUUCUGUCUUUCACGCAUCAUGUCACAUUAUAGAGAGAUCUAAGAGGAAAUACAGUGAACUGUCAAUUAUCCAUGGUAAUUGAGUGGAGGAGUGGCGGAGAUGAUUAUAAACAGUGGAUAAUCAAAGAAUCUGGAAAUGCCCAUUACCAGUGCUGCAUCCAACCCUGAAAAUCAGUUACUGCUGACAUGUCACGGCAAAUAAAUGUAACAGAGAUAAUGCAAGUUCAAAUUUCCAUCCUAAUGACGUCAAAGUAUUGUCUACGUCAGAGAACAGGUUGUCAACUGGUGUUUAAAAUUGGCCGCUAUUGAAAAUGUUAUGAGCACAUGCAAUUAUCGAGAAACACAAGAUGGUA